AUGGAAUGCGGCCCUGGAUAUGCAAUCGCCUCUGCGGCCUUGCCGCCCAUACAGCCAGUUCAUCAUGUGGCAUGGGCCGAACGACCGGUGGUGACUACACCCUCUACCGAUGGGACAACUCCCACCUCGGCCUCGUCCUCCUCAGAUGGCCCGCCGCCUCAUGACCCUCCCCCUGCCGCCCCUGCGCCCCUGGACUGGGAGGCGCAUAAGCAGGUCAUCAAGGACUUGUACAUGGGUCAGAACCUCAAUCUCAAUGAAGUCGUCGAGAGGAUGAAGGCAUACAACUUUCAUGCCACUCCGAGAAUGUACAAGGCCCAGUUUGCCAGAUGGACAUGGAGUAAAUACAACUGCAAAAGGAUGCGACGGGAUCUGUCCUCUGGCAAAGCCAUCGAGAAGUCGACCGGCAAGUCCUGUCACAGGGUCAAACGGCAACGGCCCGCCAAGCCAGCCAGGAAAAAGGACUGUGCCUCGUCGCAGAAAACCCAAGAGGCUUCUCCACCAGCGGAAAUAGCCACGACUGCGCCAGCACCCAUGAUGCGCCGGUCACAAUAUCCCCAACUCAGCGUCCUUUCGUACCAAGUAGCCCACGCCGAUGAUGGCACUCGCUUCAUGCAGUCUGUUCUCACUGAUAUCAGGAAUCACGUCUAUAGCUUCUUCUCGCGCAAGCCCGAAUGGCAAAAGUCUUCUGGGACCGGUCUGAUUUCCGCCUAUAAUUACGCCUUCUACGAUUCGUUUCGCAUCGCAAUGGAUAGCUUCGUCAAGAAUGAGCAUUUUAACGGUGGCGAGAUCCUCCGCCAGGCCUUUGUUGAGGUUGAGGAGGCUUUGCAGACAGACUAUUCCUCGACAUUUUACUUUUUCUUCAUCGACCUGCCCGAUCUCUUUUUGCACUACGGAAGACACGACAUUUUCGUGAUCCUGCUUGCACAUAUCAACAGAUUGACGGCCGUAGGCCUGCGGGACAAAAUCAUCGGGGCGGGCUUUGCCAGCCUGCAUGCCCUAGCCGAAUCGAACCCGGCAUUUCUACGGCAUUAUAUUGGCUGCGCAUCAGGUCUCUGGUGUGAUCUCCUGUCCGAGUUGCGAGGGCCUAGGGACCGCAGCACUUUGCUUGCAAGGAGAAAUCACAUACGGCAUGCGCAUGCCACGGAUCCUCCGAGGGUCAAGGCACUUUGCGAUGAUUACGACCAUCUUCUGGGCGAAGUUCAGAAGCAUUGGGGCCCAGGACACACCGCUUCCAGACAUAUGGAGGACGUCGUCCUGCUGACACACCUCAAUUAUGACCACUUCACGAACGACUUCGCGGCGAGGAAUGAGAGGCUGAUUGAGAACGUGGAGAGAAAAUAUCAGCUCACCACUAGCGAGGCUUCUAGUCCCGUCACGCCUGAGUCAAUCGAAAGCUCCAGUAGCGCUGGCGACGGGAAGCUUGAGAGAUUACCUCUCGAGGCCUGGGAUAUGCUCGACCGAAAUAUCCGGUCCAACUGCUUCCACCGACUGGCGUCUUACUACAUCCAUCAAGGCGAUGCGGGCCUGGCCGCUCUUUAUGGCGCGAAGGCAAGGGAGGGAUGGAAGACGGACUUCUGGCAGCUUGAGGUCGAGACCGCCUUAGUCAGCGCCGGAAGGCUGUUCGAGGCGGAGACGCUCCGGCGUUGUCGGCUUGAGGCGCAAUACUUCGGAAAGCUGCUCGAAAAUGAUUGGACCGUUGCAGAGCUCAAGAUGAAAUCGCUACAGAACGAUAACCCAAGCAUUUGGCCCAACUCCCUAGCCGCUGGUGGCAUUACGAACCUUGAUGUUCUCCGUGACCAGUCCACGGCACCGUUUGGUGCGCUACUAGACUGA